ACUGUCAGAUAUCGAGAAGAAAUAAUGUGAAAAGUCGGAAAAUAUAAAUAAACCAAAAUAUUUAUUCAAAAUUUACCAUGGAAGGCGAGAAAAUUUUGAUGGCCGCAGGUGUAACAGUUGCAGCAGUUGUCGGUGCAUUUGUUUUCUGGGGUCCUUCAGGUUCGUCACGUUUACGACAGCGGCGAGGGCAAAUUGCUGGACUGCAUAACUUUGGUCAAACAUGCUUCUUAAAUACGUUGCUGCAGGCAUUGGCGGCUUGCCCUCAAUUUAUAGCAUGGCUUCAAUUAUAUAAUAAUGCCAACUCCGAUCGAAAGAGCCUGAUAUCAUCACUUUUGAACACACUUGAAGUAAUAAAUGGCACACAUUCAACUUUGCGGGGUGACCCGUACUCGCCGGGAGCGGUUAUGCGUGCACUUCAUGCUUUAGGUUGGGUAAUACCCCAGGAGGAACAUGAUGCUCACGAGUUGUUUCAUGUGUUAUUGGCAUCUCUAGAAGAAGAGGCUUUGAGGCCAAAAAAAGUUGGUUGUCUCUCAGAUGCAUUACCAAUUACGGUUUCGGGUGGUGAAGGAGAUCAACCAGAUAGACCAUCCAGUGCUAUGUUAACCGACUUUUUAAAUACCGAUUACGAUGAAUCAACUAAUUUAAUGCGCAUGGUACGUUCUGAGGCUCAUACACCAGAUUCGCCAUCAUCAGUGUGCGAACGUGAAAUGUGUCCUGGUGAAGGAGGUGCAGUUGGUACAUCGCCAACGGAAAUAAUGGACUUUGAUCCAUUGGCUUCGCCAAUAUUGGGUGGCGAACGAUCCAGUCGUGCACGAAAACCCCAAUUAACGAAACAUGGAUGGCCAGAAGGUCUAAAUAAACGAGUGUCUACAUCUUGUCGAUCAUUGGAGCGUCUUAGUCGAGGUCCCGGGAGAGUAUCUAUAUGGUCCGAUCAAAUGCCAGCUCAAGUAGCUAUACCCUUUCAAGGCGCUAUGGGUACACAAAUCGUUUGUAACGGUUGCGGUUUCAAAUCCACCGUUCGUUAUGACAAAUUCGAUAGCAUCACGUUAAAUUUACCAUCACAACGUCGUUCUGGUCUUAGUUUGGGACAUUUGCUGAGCGAAUAUAUAACAUCUGAGGAACUAAACGAUGUAAAAUGUGAAUCGUGCAACGAAACAUCUAACCAUACAAAAUCUUUGACAUUUGCGAAAUUGCCCGGUUGUCUUUGCAUACAUAUUGCUCGAACAGUAUGGCUGCCCACUGGACAAAUUUGCAAGCGUCAAGACUAUGUGCAUUUUCCUGAGAGUUUGUCAAUGGCACCAUAUAGCUUCGUUCAGCCUCAUUUGAACAGCCAAGCGGGCACACCAUGGGGUUCUACCAUGUCUCUCUUCUCCUCAAGUCUACCCAUGAACAGUUUGGGCGGCAGUGCUCACGACUCAUAUGGAACUGCGUUUGGUACAAUGUUUCCCAAAAACCUCUACCGGCUUUUAGCUGUGGUGGUUCAUUCGGGUGAAGCAAGCAGUGGCCAUUUCGUUACUUAUCGUCGUGGUGCUUUAAGGAAUGCUCAUCGUUGGUUCUACACCUCAGAUACCGUUGUGCGUGAAGUCUCAAUAGAGGAAGUGCUUAGUGUACCAGCGUAUUUACUGUUUUAUGACCGCGGUCCCCAGCGACGCUAAGUGGUGGUACUGAUUGGGUGGGUACAUACUUAUUUUGAUACCAUUGAUGUGAAGGUUAUAGUUUCUAAUUGUUUUUAUUAGUUUAAGUUUAUUAUCCACUAGUGUAGAAGCUUAGAAAAUGCAAACACAGAAAAAAUAUAACAGAUAACUCCAGUUGCCUGUGGCAUUAAAUGUUAACCUAUUCGAUGUAAUGGUGCAAAAGGCUAUUUCAUUGUAACAAUUUUGGGAUCUCUGCUAAAUAUAUGUAUUUAUUUAUGUGUAUAAGUUA